AUGGCCCGACUGACCCCCCCAGGCCAGAAGCCAGGGACCUCUGGUCUCCGAAAGAAGGUCAAGAUCUUCCAGCAGGAGCACUACACCGAGAACUUUAUCCAGGCCACCUUCACCGCCAUGCCUGGAGGUUCCCAGGACAAGACCAUCGUCGUCGGUGGUGAUGGCCGAUACUUUUCUCCCGAGGCUUCCCAAAUCAUCCUCCGUCUCGCUGCCGGUAACGGUAUCAAGCAUGUCAUCAUCGGCAAGGACGCCAUCCUCUCCACCCCCGCCGUCUCUGCCCUCAUCCGAUCUCUCAAGACCGACGGUGGUAUCCUUUUGACUGCUUCUCACAACCCCGGUGGUCCCGAGAACGACUUUGGUAUCAAGUUUAACACUGCCAACGGUGGUCCUGCCCCCGAGGAGGUGACCAACGCCAUUCACAAGGUUGCUGACUCUAUCACCGAGUACAAGCAGGUCGACCUCCCCGAAUUCGACCUCUCCAAGAUUGGAGAGUUCACUCACGGUCCCCUCAAGGUCACCGUCGUCGACCCCGUCGAGAACUACAUCAAGCUCUUGAAGGAGAUCUUUGACUUUGACCUCAUCAAGAACUGGCUCCACACCACCUCUCCCAAGCCCACCGUCCUCUUUGACGCCCUCAACGGUGUCACCGGCCCCUACGGCCGUGCCAUCUUUGUCAACGAGCUCGGCUUGGACGAAAACUCUAUCCAGAACUGUGUCCCCUUGCCCGAUUUCGGUGGCAGCCACCCCGACCCCAACUUGACCUACGCCCACGAGCUCGUCGAGCGAGUCGAGAGGGAAAACAUCGAGUUUGGUGCUGCUUCUGACGGUGACGGUGACCGAAACAUGAUCUACGGCAAGGGCGCUUUCGUCACCCCUUCCGACUCUGUCGCCAUCAUUGCCGACUGGGCUGAGAAGGCCAUUCCUUACUUUAAGGACGGUGUCAAGGGUCUCGCCCGAUCCAUGCCCACCUCUGGUGCUAUCGACAUUGUCGCCAAGUCCAAGGGUCUCGAGGUGUUCGAGGUUCCCACUGGAUGGAAGUUCUUUGGCAACUUGAUGGACGCUGGCAGGCUUUCUAUCUGUGGUGAGGAGAGUUUCGGUACUGGUUCCGACCACAUCCGUGAGAAGGACGGUGUCUGGGCUGUCGUCGCCUGGUUGUCUAUCCUCGCUACCGCCAACAAGGAGACCCCCGGCGUCGGUAUCAAGGAAGUCCAGCUCCAGUUCUGGAAAAAGUACGGCCGAUCCUUCUUCUCCCGCUACGACUAUGAAGAGUGCGAGUCCGAGGGCGCCGAAAAGCUCGUCUCCCACAUCCGCGACACUUUCGCUGCCCCCGGUUUCGUCGGCUCGUCCCUCAAAGCCACCUCCUCCGACGCUUCCUUCAAGGUCGCCGAGGCCGACGACUUUUCAUACACCGACCCCAUCGACGGUUCCGUCUCCAAGAACCAGGGCUUGUACAUCAAGUUUGCCGAUGGCUCCAGGGUCAUUUUCAGAUUGUCUGGUACCGGCUCGAGCGGGGCUACUAUUAGGUUGUAUGUGGAAAAGUAUAGCCAGGAUGAGAGCGAAUAUGAGAAUGAUGCGCAGGUGGGGUUGAAGCCGUUGAUUGAGGUCGCUUUGGAGCUUUCCAAGUUGAAGGAGUUUACUGGCCGGGAGAAGCCCAGUGUCAUCACAUAA